UUGUGGCGGUACCAAGAAUAUUUGAAUUAGAAAAUGAAUUAAUAAAUAAAGUUGUACAGAAUUUGAACUAGUCCAUUGAAUUACCCCCUGUAUAUAGAUCACUCAAGUUGAGUGAAAUCAAACUAGAGUUUAUGUGUUCAUUUGCUCCACUCCGCAUACCAAGAACAGAAUGAGUGCCCUGUGUAAUUCUGGCGCCGAGCGUAAAGCGACAGCCAAAUCUAAAAUCGAGUCUGUGCUUCGGGCAUCGACCGGGGUUCAAGUAUCGUUGACCCCUCAAUUCUUUUAUUAAUGUUCGGGAGGGAUACGAGUUGAUUGAUCGGGUCUUCAGAGGGAAAUGGAAUGCUUUCUCCGGACGGGUAGAGAAAGUGGUGUGUGUGAAGGCGAUUUUUGACCUUCGCGAAAUUCCACUUCGUGGAUUUCGCGUAAUUUCCGGCGACGAAGAUCUUCAUAUCUCGCGCCUAUUCUGAGGAUCCUAGAACUUGACUCGUCCACUUCGUUCUGGACUGCGGAAGAGGCGAGAUCGGUCCCAGUAAAGUUCCGCGCCGUGGUGUGAUAGUUCAGUUAGCUAGUUAGGCAAGUUUAGUGCCGUAGUGCGAUUGUGCGAAAGGCGGUUUUUUAGUGCGAGUGUUGAACCUUGGAUGCGACAGGUUCGUGGCAAGUUGCGAGGCCCGUCACACCACACCCCCAAAGUCAGCGACCGUUUUCGACCCCGCUUUCCAGCUUCGGAGUUUGGCCCGGCGAUACACGUGGGCCGGAGGGGCAGCGUCCGUCAAUACCGCGCCCUUGGCAGGGCGGCAACAUCGAAGUCCGGUUCCGUAUCGGCAACCAUACCGUGAAAGAGUAGAUCAGUCAAGUUUUCCGUGAAGAAAAAGUUUUGGAGUGAGCACCGACCGGUUUCGAACCGGAGUCCCCCGCGUGAGGAGCACGCUCGCUACCUCGACGCCACCGCUGGUGACGACCAGUGGAUCGACGGCUGUAUCCCGUCGGACGACCACGAACCACGUGUGAGGCGCCGUUGAGCACGGCAAUCGAAUGAUCCGGUAGGAGAACACCCGGAGCAGGAGUCACCGCGUGUCAACCACCUGACCCGCCGCAGUAGCAACAAGCGACCGCCGAUGCCUCCACACAAGUAAGAUCAAACCGUGAGUACUCUGAUCAUUUUUUUCCCAUGCGCAUGGUGAUUUUCGCCCCUAGUUUGGUCUACCCGCUAGCGUGGCCCCACCGAUCUUUUUUCCCGCGCCCUACCGUUCGCCCGCUUAUGCGAAGUAGUCGGCUGCUAUAAAUUGCACGGUUUUUUUUGCAAAUGAACAACGAAAGUCGCACCGCACAUAAAUGAAUUGACCGCACGAAGAGAAAGGAAGAGAGAAUAGAAGCUAGAGGGAAUGAGAGUUUAGCUAGGCCUAGUGUAUAAGAUUAUAUCGAUAAAGUAGAAUGAAAUUGUGGUAAAUAUAGAGAGAAAUGAAUUUGGGAUAGAUGUGGAAUUGGUAGUUUCGAUGCGUAAGAAUAAAUGAGUAGUUUGGGCAAAGUUGCGUUGAGUCGUUCUUUUAGUGGGAGAAAUCUGAAGAGGUAGAUGUAGAAGGGAUUUCACGUUUCCGGUCGUUUUUUCAGUUUUUAGGUCAUUUUCUGGGGAGGUUGGCCCUGAAUCCAACCAAAGGGACAUUUCUUCAAUCGAACGAAGAUUCGUUCGAAGUGUUUGGGUCUUGUUUUCCCGUGAUGAUAACCGUCGCGAGCCUUACUUUGUCGCCGGCGAAAAUCAAUUUCACGUACACCAAUUUCUUUAUUUGCACGACUCCGGUCGUGAGGCAUUUCGUUUCCCUGAUCAGCCAGCUCGUUUCCCGCCCAUUCAUUUGGGAAAAACUUGAACCCUACCCUGAAGGGUCUCAAUAAGGUCGGGCAACCAUCAAUCUCGGUAAGUGGUCUCUCUCGGGAGUGGCGCUUAAGCCAUUUUUACUUGUCACCGGGAAACUCGCAAGGCUGUCGGGUUACAUUUGGCGCCCAACAGAAUUGGCAAAACACAACUCAUUAUUGUAGCGGUUUUUUAGUUUUUGGUGAGCAAAAAUACUCUUAUUUUUAUUUUUCCCAUAUUUUUCUUUUAUUUUCUUUUUUUUAAGCUAGAAUUACUGAUAAGAUUUCUUUGGACUUGAUUUUGUAUUAUAUUGAAGUGUUUUUGAAUUCGUUAAAUAAGUGCUUAAGCAACAUUCCUCAGUUUUUUUUCUCUUCUUCGAUUUUUUUGCGCUCUCAGUAGAAUUUAAAAAUGGAUAAGUUUCCAUACGCCGAACAUUUAAAUUUGGAGGAAGUUGACUAUGAACUUCUCAUACGAGGCGUUUUAGAUGAGAAAAUUGCAGCUCUUGAUCUGCCAAGUAAACAGAGAUAUCUGCGAACGUUGUUCAAAGCAGAUCUUAAAAAUUUGCAAAAUUAUCCUUCACCGUACAGUAUAUCUGAGGAGUACGACCAUAUCAAUGGGAGGAUUACGGAUCUGGUUAGUGCGUUGGAACGUUGUGGGUUGGAACAACGGUUUGUUUCUCGGUUGUUACACUACUAUUACCGUGCGAAGAGGUGCCUUGCUGAUCAAGAGGGUGAAGCGCUACUAAAGCGUAAUCUAGUGCGUCGUAUCGGAGAGUGUAUGAAAGGGUACAAAAUAGGGCCACCAGCUUCCGAGUACGUAGAGAAAAUCAACGAUGUGCUUAACGAAGCAGACGGAAGUAGGUCAGGUCAGACGGGGCAGUUUCCGAACAGCAGCACUCCUAAGGCAACCGGGACCGUACCGAAGGUAGCAGGGAUGACACCGAAGGAUCAGGUUCCAAACGACACAACGGGCGGACUAGAAAAGGAUGUACAUGCACGGAUGAACCACAUGGAAAGGAUGAUCGAAAGCGUGACAAAGAUGUUGACGGAGCGUGAGCCACCGAUAGCGCAAACCGGUGGCACAGCGGAGCACCAACGCGUCGUAGCUGCUCGGAAUCCGAUUGGAACACCGAACCGAACGACACCGAACAUCUCAACCGAAGAAGACGAACUUUUCGGCUUGCUGAAAAACGUCAGUAGGUUACUGAAAGAGCGACAGGGUACGCAGCAGGUAGUUGGACAAGAACCGGAAAGAGAAAUGGUUCGGUCACGUUUAUCCGGAUUAUUCGGCCCAGUUGAACCAGUGGAAACGGAAAGAGCGGCCGAAUGCGGAAGAGAACAGACCUCCCGUCAUUAUGAGGUAGCCCAGGAGCAGCAGAGGGCGAUGAGGAACACGAGAGAACGAGACGACUCAGACGAUUCAGACGGCGGUAGUUUUGCUUCCCGAAGAAGGGAAGGGUUCCAGAGACGUGGACAGGAUCACGACGACAGACGAGCUCGUGGUCGAGAUUAUGGGAUGCGAGACCACCUCAACAGAGUGGAGAAGUGGAAGCUCAGAUUCAGCGGAGACUCCAGAUCAGUGACGGUAGAGAACUUCCUGUACAAGCUGAACAAAAUCGCAGAGCUUGAGGGAGUUCCGGAACGACAGCUUCUGAGGGACAUCCAUCUGCUGCUGGAAGGACCGGCAUCCGACUGGUUUUUCACCUUUGUGGACGAGUUCGAGGAUUGGCCGACGUUCGAAAGGCUCAUCAAGUUCCGCUUCGGAAACCCUAACCAGGACCAGGGAAUUCGCCAGAGGAUCCAGGAAAGGAAGCAGCAGCGAGGAGAAUCGUUCAUCGCAUUCGUCACCGAGAUCGAGAAGCUCAACCGAAUGCUGUCGAAGCCACUGUCGAGGACGAGAAAGUUUGAGUUCAAGCUAUGUGCCUCUUUACGAGCAACUACCGAUUACGAUGAGUACGAAUCGAGAAGAAAACACCUGCGGGGUAAAAUUACUUCGAUUUUGUCGAACCAUGAAGAGGAAAUCGGAAAGGUGGUAAAACUGGACCGAAAGUACUUGGAUUGAGAUCCAAAAUCCACUAAAAUGUUUCAAAAGCUAUGAAAAAAUCUCAAUGAGUGACAACGAGAAACUAGUUUCCCCUAAAAACACCACUACGGGUCGAAAAAUCGUCAAUU